CCCCCACCCUCUCUCUGUCUCUCCCUCUGUCACUCACACACACACAUGCACACACACACACUGUUUCUCAGUUUGCGUGCCUCUCGCUGAUCAUUUCUAAGCCAGAUUGUCAACAGUGAUUUUUUUUUCUCUAGCUCUCCAGAGAAAUGCCACAUGGAUUUACAGAGAGAGGGUUUAAAUUAAGAUGAUAUGAAAAAAGAGAAGAUCUUUGCUAUAAAGGCCAGCUGAGAGCACACAGGAAGGGACUGACGAGCAGACAAGAGGAAGAAACAUGGCGGUGCAUCAUGGUGAUCUCCAUGGAUGAGGAGCCGCUCCCUAUAUCCUCCUGAGACCCUGUGUCCUCAUAUGAAGACAUCACAUUUUGGUGUCUCUUUGAAGCUGCGGGCGCUGCCUCUUCUCUGUAUGCUGCCGGGGGUCAGUGCAGUUCAUCCAUGGGAGAGAGUGGUUCACAGAGGGGCUCCUGGUUUCUCCCCUCGUCCAUCCACCCUCUGUUCCUCUCCCAGCUGUCCCCCUCUGCAGACCUGGCCGUCGCUGUCUUUCUUACCUUCACAUGUGUUGUAUCUGUCCUGGGGAAUGGCACAGUGUUGUUAGUCUACUCCAGGAAGAGAAAGAAGCUCAGACCACCAGAGCUCAUGACCAUCAACCUGGCCUUCUGUGAUUUUGGCUUCAGCCUCUUUGGGGCGCCGUUUUUCAUCAUUUCCAGCCUGUGCCACGCCUGGGUGUUUGGGGAGACAGGGUGCCUUUGGUACGGCGCUCAGGGCUUUGUGUUUGGCAUCGGCUCUCUGCUCACCACCUGUCUCAUCUCUCUGGACCGGUGCCUGAAGAUCUGCUGCUUAAGAUAUGGUCAAUGGAUUGAGAGGCGCCAUGUGUCUCUGUCCAUAGCGCUGGUGUGGGUUUACACACUGUUCUGGGCUCUGCUGCCUGCGUUUGGCUUUGGAAGCUACGGACCAGAACCUUAUGGGACCAGCUGCACCAUCAACUGGUGGAGAAUGAGGUCGUCUCUAAAUGACCGAAUCUAUAUUUUCCUCAUCCUGGUGUUAUGCUUCGGGUUUCCUACACUCACCAUCAUCACUUCAUAUGUGGCCAUCCUGCUGACGGUCUACAGAUCUAAUCGCACUCUGGCAUCUAUACCGUCCUCCUCUGUCAGCCACACCAGCAAAGACCUGAGACUUGCAAAGAUGGCUGCUGCGGUGUGCAUCAGCUUCCUCAUGGCCUGGACGCCCUAUGCCACUGUGUCUCUGAUGUCUGCACUCAUUCCCAGAGAUGACCAAGAAGCAUCUUUACAGACUGCGGUGGAGGAGACCACUGGUGUGGCCCCCAGCUCUCCAAAUGCUCCAACCAUCCUGGACAUCCCGUCAUUACUCAACUGGACGGCUACAGAAUAUUACAGACAAAUCUCCUACAGCCCUGAUAACAAGUGGAGUGAUGUGAGCAACAUGAAUUCAGCCUCCAUCACCGACCUGAGUGACGCCUUGCUCAGGUCCACCCUGGACAGUGAAGCUGAGCUAAUGACCAAGAGCCCUCAGCCACUCUCCUGUUUCCCACCUGUAGUCACCUUGAUCCCUGCUAUGUUUGCCAAGUCCCACUGCAUGAUUAACCCUUUAAUCUACCAGAUCAUGAACAGGGAGUUCAGGGAUGACGUCUGUGUGAUGGUGUUAGGCCAGGAGAAGGCAGAGAGGAGGCGAAUGCAGGGGAGGAAGGGGAGCUCGUGUGAACGUAAGGACCAAGAGCAAACUGCCACUUUAAUUUGGAAAAAUAGUCCAAGUGUUGAGUCUCUUUUUCUUUCUCCUCUCUUGAAGGGACCAUCAGCCUCUCCUACUGCCACAGUUGGAAGAGGAAAAGUUGCAAGCCCAUGUCCUUGUCUGUUGAAAGAAAAAAAGAAAUCAAAAGAAACAGAGGAACUGAGGGAGCAGGAGUGGAGGAGGAACAGACUCCUGGGCAAAUGAUAAGUCAGUAGGAGCCAGUGCAUUGGACUUUUCCUCCUUAGACACUGAAGGCAACACAGGGAGACACUGCAGCAUCUGUGGACGAAAGACAAGAACAAGAUAGAUAGACAGAUAGAUAGAUAGACAGAUAGAUAGAUACAUGUUUGUAUGAUAAACAAUUGACUUUCUUUCCUUGUUGUCUUGUCAUUUCUAUAAAGAUGUUAAA